AUGACGAUGUUGCCGGCUUAUGUGCAUGCUAUGCCGCGUGGGUGCGAGCGCGGCACGUUUGUCGCGUUGGACGUGGGCGGGUCGAAUCUGCGGAUCGCGGUCGUGCGGUUCACCACCAACAGCAACGAGAGCAGCACACGAGAGAUUUUGUACCAGACGGGGCAUGCGCUCGACGAGGCGAUACGGAAUUUAGACGGCCGGAGUUUCUUUUUGUGGAUAGCGAGUCAGUUGGAGGGCGUGGUUGCGGUGUCGCGGGGUAGUGGGUGGAUAGAUCCGGGGGUGGUUGAUAUUGGGUUGACGUGGAGUUUUCCGUUAGAGUCGCACUCGGUCAAUACAGGCAAGAUACUGAGCAUGGGCAAAGGAUUUACGGCCAUCAGCCAGGACAUUAUCGGGCUUGAUCUAAAGACGCUGUUCGAAGACAGCUGCGCCGCAGUCGGUCUCGAAGUGCGUCUGCGGGCGGUAGUCAACGACGCGGUUGCGGUCCUGCUCUCUCAUCUCAACGUCGAUCCCCGCCGGACCAAGAUCGGACUGAUCGUGGGCACGGGCGUGAACGCGUCUGUUUUAGUGCCGAGCACAGUGCUGGACGAAGAACGCCUCAUGCGGUGCGAUCCGCGCGAGAUCGAGCGGUGCUCGGACUGUGUUAUCAACACCGAGCUGUCGCUGUUUGGCGCGGGCGUCCUGCCGCGCACGCGAUGGGACGACGAGGUCGAUGCCGAGAACGAGAUCCCGGGGUUUCAGCCGCUGGAGAUGAUGUGUUCGGGGCGGUACAUGCCCGAGAUUGCGCGAAGGAUAGUGCGCGAUCGAGUGCUCAGAAAGAGAAAUGGGCAAGAAGAAGCAGCAACGGGCCUUGGGCGGAUAUAUGGACUCGACGCGGAGACGAUGUCGGUGGUGGAAGGCGCGCUGGACGUUGCGUUUGCGCGGCAGCAGCUGCUUGCGCGCGUGGGCGGGACUGUAUCAAUAGCGGAAGUACGCGCGAUGCGGUCGGUGUUCUACGCGGUGUCGUGUCGCGCAGCGGCGGUGAUUGCUGCCGCGCUGGUCGCGGUGACGCUGGCGGUGCUUCCGCCGGAAACCCCCGGCGGCGAGACCGGCGGCGCGGGCAGCGAGGUGGUUGUCGCGGUGACGGGCUCCGUGAUUGAGAAGUACGCCGGGUUCCGGGCGCGCGUGCAGGAGUUUGCGAACCUGCUCGGCCGGCGGUGGAACAAGCGACUGGUGAUUGCUGUCGAGCGCGACGGGCCGCUGCUCGGAGGCGCUGUCGGGGCGGCGUGCAACGAGUAA